AUGGCCCAGAGACCGCCCCUCACGCUCACCGCAGAGCUCGAGAAGCUCGAGCAGAGCAUAACACUCACCCUCCAAGAGAUCGACCACAACUUUAGCAAAACCCACCGCAUCGUCACAAACUCCAUAAUCCCCAUCGUCGAGCGCUACGCCAAAGAAUCCACCGCCGUCUGGGAAGGCUCAAAGUUCUGGAAGCAAUUCUUCGAAGCCUCCGCCAACGUCGCGCUCUCAAACUACCAAGAAGAGGAAGAGUCCACCUACGGCGAGCCCACGGCCGCCGCCGAGGGGACAACCUACGUGACACACGACUCGUCGGCAUUCCCGAACUCGUCGCCGGCCAACUACGAGCGCACGCGCGGCGCCCCCGCUGACGACGAUGAAGACGAGACACUGCAGACGACGGCGACGACGGAGCAGCACGCACAGGGAGACGCAGACAGCGAUGAUGAUGACGAUGAUUAUCUGCUUGACGACUCGAUGCUCGACUCGCUGAACCUCACGGGGGCGAUCACGCACCACUCCACGCCCAAGCCGAAGGCGGCGAAGCCUCCGCAGCAGCAGCAGCAGCAGCCCACAAAGCAAUGGGCCAACAUCGAGUCCCCCUUCGAAACCUUCAAGAAGGAGCUCACCCCCGACCCCUUCCCCGGCGGCGCCGACGCCGCAGACGACUCCGACACCAGCCUAACCGACUCGCUCCUCCUCCCCUCCACACCGCCCACAAACCGCAGCCGCGCCCACAGCCGCCGCCACGACCCCAGCACCCCGACACCCACCACCUCCUCCCCCUUCCUCCCGCCCCCCCUACACACAGCGCGCAAGACCCCCGGCGGCGGCGCCACAACGGACGCCCUCCUCCACCGCGUGCUCGACAAGAACUGGCGCGUCCAGGCCACCCCCCUCGGCAAAGCGCCCGCCUCAAAAUACCGCACCACCACCGCCGCAACACCACACAGCAGCCGCCGCCUCUUCACCGCCGCCCAUCUCGACGCCGACUCGGACGACGACCGCUCACCCGAGAAGCCGCAGCUGCACACGAAGCACCUGUUCUCGCCGUCGCCGGCGUCGGCGCCGCGCGCCGCGCACCUCAAUCUCGGCCCCAAGACGCCCACCACCGCCAAGGGCAAAGCCAGGGCCGUGGACGCAUGGGACAACGACGACGACCGCGGCGGCGACGACGACGAGGACAGCGACGACAACAUACUGGGCUACAGCCCGCCACAGACGAUCCAGUUCUCGUUCCCGGCGGCCAAGCUGCUGGCGACGCCGGCGCGCGAGGCGAGCCGCAGGAUCGUGAAGGAUAUCUUGAUGACGGCGGGGGCGGGCGACCUGAGUGCGAGCCAAGGCGGGGACAGCUUUAGCAGUCCGCCGUUUGUCAGUGGGAAGGGGGGCAGCCGGUGGGGGGAUAGUGAUGAGGAUAUUUUUUAG